UGAAUGUAACGUAAUAUUAAUCGCUGUUAAUAAUAAAGGAAAUACUGUAUGAGGCGAGUUAGCUGGGUGACGUUAGCAUUGUUGACAGCCGCUACUGUAUAGUGAACGGUUUGAGCAUUGUUCGCAUUUGUUCAUUUGUGUAAUUGUCCGUUAAAUAUAAACUAGAAGCGGAUAAAUGCCACAUCUGCCUGUUGAAUGAAGUGCAUCCGGAUGCUUUUAGGUCCCAGCGAAAGGAUGGAAGAGAUGAAAACUGAGCCUGUGGAUUUUGUGAAGGAAUUUCAAGAAUACCUGACACAGCAAACCCAGCACGUCAACAUGAUCUCCGGCUCUGUUUGCGGAGAGAAACACUCAGCGGAGCCCUAUGAGGCCGUUGCCCCCCGGGGCGAGCAGAAUGGUCUGGACCCUCCCAACGGUGAGGCGAGCCUGUCGAUGGAGGAGGUCUCAGACGUGCAGAUGGACGGCCUGGAGAGGACCUGCGAUGGGAAGUACAAGUGCAGCUACUGCAGCUACGCCAACAAGGGCAUGGCCCGCUUAAUAGAGCACAUCCGAAUCCACACAGGUGAAAAGCCGCAUCGCUGCCAACUGUGCCCGUUUGCGUCUGCGUACGAGCGUCACCUGGAAGCCCACAUGCGCUCGCACACGGGCGAGAAGCCGUACAAGUGUGACCUGUGCGCCUUCCGCUGCAGCGACCGCAGCAACCUGUCGCAUCACCGCCGCCGCCGCCACAAGCUCCUUCCCACGCGCGUCGUCCGCUCUCCGUUCUCCAACAAGAGAAUGUUGAGCACGCUGCAGAAGAGGACGGGCUCGCUGGGCUUCAGCAGGCGGCUGCUCUUCAACUUCAGCCCUCCCUCCAUGGUGAUGCCAAAGGCGGAUUAUCUGGGUGACUUCACCCACAGAAUACAUCACCAUUUGAACGGCAAUGACUACAAGAACCCUCCCAAGCUCGACGACGGUGACAGCCGCAACAGCGGCGCUAAUGGUGUCGCUUUUAAUAACCCACUGGACCAGCUGUCCACACUUGCUGGCCAGUUGGCCAACCUCCACCCUGUAUCCCAGACUCCUGCUUCCCCAGACAGAGAGUCCUUAAAGGAUGUGAAGCCUGUGCUCAUACACCAGGUCUCUGGUGAGCAGGUUACAGUGUGUUCAAAUGGAGUCCAGACAUCCCCACCUAAUAAAGCUUCUCCCAGUUCAGACCAUGGAGACUGCAGUCCUGUUCCCAGCAUUAACAUUGAGAACAACAUUACCACUUUUACUGCUACUGUAAGCGACAGCCAGCCGAACACCCCCGCCCCCGCUCGGACCGCAUCGGACCAGCAGCCGCUGCAUAAAUGCCAACAUUGUGAUGUUCAUUUCUCCGACAACAUCCUCUAUACCAUCCACAUGGGCUGCCAUGGCUACGAAAAUCCGUUUCAGUGCAACAUCUGUGGACACGUGUGUGGAGACAAAUAUGACUUUGCGUGUCAUUUUGCCCGUGGCCAGCAUAAAAAGUGAUGCCUGUGGAGUCGUAAAAUGUUUUUUUCAACGUAUAAUUGUAUAGCAUUUUAACAUGAUGACACAGAUUCACAUUGUCAGCGUUUUUACAGUUUACCUCUGUUAACACUUACAGGUACGCUGCACUCCAGCAGUAUUUCUGCCUUACAACAUGGCAUCGUAACAUUUGGAGCAUAUUAUGGUGAAUAAUCUUCUGACCAGCUGUUUGUUUGAAAUCAUCAGUUUGUAAUGAGUUAGCAGAAAUGAUCUUGUAAUUUACUGCAACUUAUCCACCUAAAGCCUUCCUCUCAGUUAAAUUUGCUGGACCUUCACAUAUUGGUUCAUUUUCUGCACAAACGUAAGCCACUGACACUUGAUGUUGCCACUUUAUAUUGUUAAAUAUAACCCUUAAAACCUUUUUCUGACUAUUUAUGAAUGGUAAUGGUAAUCUUGCUAAAGUAGAUACUGUUUUUUGGUACAAAAUCUAAUUGCGCUGUAAACACUAGUGCAGAGGAGGCCAACCCUGGUCCUCAAGAGCCACAGUCCUGCUGGUUUUCCAACUUUCCCUGCCCCAGUUAAUACUGAUUACCUUGACCAGGUGUGUUCAGUCAAUCAGCAGCUGACUGACACCCGAUCAAGGUAAUCAGCAGGGAGAGGACCAGGGUUGGCCACCCCUGCACUACUGCCAAUGGAUAAUGUGAUGUACUGGUAUUUUAUUUUUUAUUUGUCUAAAAUAUUGGGUUAUUUAAUUUCUAGUAGAAGUUUUUAAUUUUGUGUAAAUCUGGGUAUAAAUUAACAAUGUAUUUAAUGUGUGAAAUAAGAUAUUUUGCCUUUUCAAUUCAGAUGUUAUCUGAUCAACUUUUCAUACAAUAUUGUCAAAAGCAAUGUAACUAACCACAACUCAGUGACUCGUUGAGUUUAGUUUUUAAACUGCUUUUAUUUCACAAUAAAAUACUAAAGAGACAGCAAAGUACCUCUGAAGAUACAUUCUAUUUAUAAUCAUUUAAAUACAUGACUUCUGGAGCAAUUUAAUCUUGCUUUACGAAAAAUUCCUUCAUACAUUCAUUUAUGGUCAUUUGUGAUGCACAACAAAAUUUCCUCCUUCUCCCUUUCAAAGCUGUCCACUGCUCUUUUCACCACGCAUUCCACAUCGAUGUCUUCAUCAUCAGGAAAAGAAGCUUCACGCAGGAACUGUUUCCGAAGAUUGUGAAGAAACAUUGCUUUCGAUUCAUUCAGCUGAGCAGCCAAAGAGCGCAUGUGAUCCGGGGGCACUUGUUUUUCUGGGGGUUAGAAUUAUAAAAUGAUUGCUGUGCAGUGGUGCAAAUAAGUUGGUGACACAGCAUUGCAAAUAAACAGUAUGUUAACUUGC